CGAAUGUCUGCUUUACACGUGCAAUUGGAAAUAUUGUUUUUCUUUUGUUUGUGCCCCAUAAACAACGAGUGUGCAGUGCAUCUCGGCCAGAAUGAACCACUUUGAGAUCCGGGAGAUACCCGGCAAGGGUCGUGCCAUGAUCGCCACCAAAAACUUUGCGUCCGAUGAGGUGAUUUUUGAGGAGGAGCCGUUUGUGUCAAAACAGUUCUCGUGGAACGUGGCCUACGGCUAUGCCGCCUGCGACCAUUGCAUGAGACCGCUAGAAACGGUGCUGGAGAAUGUGCGUCGCCUAGCCAGCGACCCCAAGGUGGAGGUCCCUCUGCUGGAACACGACCCCACUGCCGCUUGGGUGGGCCAGUUCACCCAGUGCCCCCGCUGCAAAGUGCACUACUGCUCUGAAGACUGCCGCAUGGAGGCCUACAAGCGGUACCAUCGCGAGGCCUGUAUGGGGGCAUUCCGCUCUGAUGACACGCAUCCCAUCAACGUGCUCAACGAGACGUGGAAGAAGAUGCAUUACCCGCCGGAAACGGGCAGCAUUAUGUUGAUCGUGCGCCUGAUGGCCCUGUACAAGCAGAGUCCAAAAAAGGAGGAGUUUCUCGAGCAGCUCCAAUCCUUUCAAGCAUUGAUAGUCAAUCGCGAGCAGAAGAUCUAUCACAAGAUGCUGGGCGAGAAUUUUGAGCAGCAGAUGGAGCAGCUCUAUAGAGCGUUCUGCAACGCCUUCGCUGGAGAGGAGUUUUCCUUGUUCACAACUCCCGAUGCCUUCAAAACUCUAAUGGGAAUUAUGGGCACCAAUAGCCAGGGAAUUGCGACCAGCGUGCUAUCACAGUGGGUAACCAAGGUCUCCGAACUGCCGCUGCCGGAUGCUGACAAGGCGCAGCUAGACACGGUCAUCGAUGGACUAUACGCCAAGGUGGGAGAAUUUGCUGGCGAAUUUCUGAACAACGAAGGCUCCGGACUGUACCUGCUCCAGAGCAAGAUCAAUCACAGCUGCGUGCCGAAUGCCUGCUCCACAUUUCCGUACUCAAACGACAUUGUGGUGAUGAAGACGUUGGUCCCUAUCCAGGAGGGCGACGAAAUCUGUAUCUCCUACCUCGACGAGUGUAUGCUAGAGCGGAGCCGUCACUCGAGACACAAGGUCCUGCGCGAAAACUACAUAUUCGUCUGCCAGUGUCCAAAGUGCCGUGCCCAAGCCUCUGAUCCCGAUGUGACCAGCGACGAAAGCGAGGACGAUGACGAAAUGGAUGACUACGAAGAAGAUGACGACAUGAACUAAAAUAAUUUGCAUACCAUGUUACUUUCCUUUUUUAUUAUCAUAAAGCGUACCAGAGGAUUUGCGUACAUAUUUAAACUAA